AUGGCUCCAUCCACGGCAGAGGCUGGGUCCGCGAAAGCCCAUGAAAAGGAUCUCAGUCAGAUCCUGACACCUGAAGAAUGCGUCGAGUUGACCCUUCUCAUUGCGAAUAUCGCAGAGGUAAUGGAGAAGCAGAUCCAGGAUACGUUUGAUGCGUCAAUUACCUCCAAACCCCAACCUCAGCAGACCCCUCAGAUCAAGACCAAAAAUUCUGAUAUUGAUGCGAGUGGGCCAACCAAAGAGACGGAGGAAGAGCAGAAGGCUCAAAAAUUGCGGGAGAAGCGGGAGAAAGAAUUAUCAGCGCCUAAAAUGCUAGAAUUAAAGCGGGAGGCACUUCAGUUCUUUUAUGAAUGGCGUGGAUCUGUAAUUGUGCGGGUCGGAGUCGUGGUGAACAAUCCGAAGGAGGUUGUAGACAAACAAAAGAAAAAGGCUUCCGUUGAAGCAACACCGAACACUGCACCCCCGCGUCCCAAGACCAUUCGUUCCACCACAAAUAUUGAAGAGGCGGAUGCGGCAUUGGUCGAGCUAUAUCCCCCAACAUCUACGCCACUAUGCUCUCUCCCGAAAGACAGAAGAGUGCUAUUGCUUAAUGCUAUGUUAUUGCUCCUCUUGUCCCUCGAAAAUUAUGUCGCGCACUCUCGAAUCCUACUCCUCCACAUUUCGACCUCGCUCCAUUUGCCGCUGCAUAUCCUUGCCGAGCAAGAAGUGAAGGUGGCACAAAGCCUACUUGAAGCAGCCAAACAAAUGAGUGGGAAUAAAGAGACCGAGAAACGAAGUGACGAAAAUAAGGUAGCGCACAGGUGGAAGGUUGGUCUUGCAAGUGUAGCUGGUGCCGCUGUCAUUGGAAUUACUGGCGGUCUUGCUGCCCCACUUGUCGCUGCUGCCAUCGGAACAGUAAUGGGUGGCCUUGGUUUAGGAGCAACAGCGGCAGCAGGCCUGCUUGGGGCUCUUGCUGAGAGUGGUGUCAUUAUAGGGAGCUUGUUCGGGGCAUAUGGCGGGAGGAUGACAGGAAAGAUGAUGGAUGCCUACGCAAAGGAGGUCCAGGACUUCGCAUUCCUCCCUUUGAGAGGGUCGAAGCAUCGUGAACCUCAGCCCCAAGAUCGGCGACUAAGAGUUACGAUUGGCGUUAGUGGUUGGCUCACCCAGAAGGAAGAUGUUAUCAACCCGUGGAGAGUUCUCGGACACGAGAGUGAGGUAUUUGCGCUGAGAUGGGAACUUGAAGCACUAUCAAAAUUAGGCACCUCCAUGGAGGCCGUGGUCAAAAGUGCUGCUUGGACCGUUGCUAAAAGGGAGAUCAUCGCUCGAACAAUCUUUUCCAGUCUUCUGAACGCUUUAUGGCCUAUUGCGUUAUUGAAAGUCUCAAAGAUUGUUGACAAUCCAUUCAGUGUCGCCAAAAAUCGAGCAGAUAAGGCUGGGCUGGUCCUCGCAGAUGCUCUAAUCAACAAAGCACAAGGGGAAAGACCUGUGACCCUAAUAGGGUACAGUUUAGGCGCUCGUCUUAUCUACUCAUGCCUAAUGAGUCUUGCAGAGCGCAGAGCUUUUGGCUUAGUAGAAUCUGUCGUUCUAAUGGGGGCUCCAGCGCCUUCGGAUGCUGCACACUGGAGAGCGAUGAGAAGUGUAGUAGCAGGGCGACUUGUCAAUGUCUACUCAGAGAAUGACUAUAUUCUAGCCUUCCUAUACAGAACUAGCAGUAUUCAGUAUGGGGUUGCAGGCCUUCAAGAAGCCCGAGAUGUCCCGGGGAUAGAGAACGUCAACGUCUCUGAUCUCGUUAGCGGUCACCUACGCUAUCAAUAUCUUUGCGGAUCGAUCCUCGGGAAAAUAGGGUUCGAGAAUAUUGAUCUUGUGGAGGCGUCAAAAGAAGAGGAGACCAUCACCUUGCUUGACGAGGAGGAGAAAAGGGAACAGGAAAAGAAGGUGGACGAGAAAGUAAAUCCAGAGGCCGAAGCAAUCGAUAUGGAGAAGGAGGUGAAGCGGAAGACGGAUCUGACUCUGAUGCAAAGAGCAACAGAAAAACUACGUCUCAAAAAAGAUACCAAGGGAUAA